AUGAUUAGAUCAAUUCGUAAGUAUAUACCCAAACAAUGCUUCCAUAGCUCAGUUUUUCAACUUCAACAGCUACCUCCACAUAAAGACGGGUUAUAUUUUGGUAAAUACACCAAGGAGGAAUAUGAAGAUGCUAAAAAAAUCAUCCAAGAUCAAAUUUCCAAACUUGAAACUGAAAUUAAAGGAGAUUAUAAUAUUAGAGAAAACAUAGAUAAAUUCAAACCGUUUCCAGAAACUGGACCAUCAACGGGGAAAAUUUCAAACUUGACAGAUUUUUUCAAAAAUACGAUAAAAUUAACGGGUCCCAUUUCAUUAAGUGCUUUCAUGAGACAAUGUCUAACUCACCCUGAAUUUGGUUAUUAUACAACACGAGAUCCUUUAAAUUUAAAGACUGGUGAUUUCAUAACGUCACCUGAAAUUUCUUCUGUGUUUGGUGAAAUGUUGGGAAUUUGGUAUUUUACAACAUGGCAGUCACAAAAUAGACCAAAACAGAUGAGAUUUAUUGAAUUUGGACCUGGGAAAGGAACAUUGAUAAAUGAUAUACUAUUGACUUUUAAUAAAUUGAUAAGGAAGGUACAGGGAGAUGUCAAAAUUAAAAUUAUUAUGAUUGAAGCAUCAAAUGUUUUGCGAAAAGAACAAUGGAAAUUAUUAUGUGAGGAAUCUAAUGCUUUUGAAACUACAGAAGAAGGAUUUAAUAGGUCUGUUACUAAAUGGAAUAAUGAUAUUGUAUGGAUGGAUACCGAAAAGUCAAUAAAGAAGGAUGAAACUGGUCAAAUUGCAAAUUAUAUAAUUUCUCAUGAGUUCUUUGAUGCCCUUCCUAUUAAAUCAUUCAUUAAACAAGAUGAUAAUACAUGGAGAGAGCUAGUUGUUGAAAAUAGUGAAUUGGUGGAGAAUAAAUUAGGUAUAGAAGGUAGUGAAGAGACCAAAGAUUUCGAUGUUGAUUUUCAUUUAACUAUAUCUCCCAAAGAAACUCCAAGUUCAAUGAUUCCUAAAUUAUCUAAAAGAUAUAAAGAUUUACCAGUGGGUACCAGAAUUGAAAUUUGUCCCGAUGCAGAAUUAUAUAUUAUGAAAAUGGUUCAAUUAUUAAAUGAAAAUAAUGGUGCUGUUUUAGUUGUUGAUUAUGGUACUACUGCAUCUGUACCUGAAAAUUCAUUACGUGGUAUAUACAAACAUAAAUUUGUUUCACCAUUUUACAAACCUGGUGAUGUUGAUUUAUCAAUUGAUGUAGAUUUUGGAAAUCUAGUAAAAUUAACAGAAUCAUUAUCACAAGUUUUUGGACCUCUAAAUCAAGGAGAUUGGUUACAUAAUAUAGGAAUAGGUUAUAGAAUAGACCAAUUGAUCAAAUCAACCACUGAUGAAUCAAAACAAGAUAAGAUAUAUGAAUCAUAUAAGAGAUUAACUGAUGAUGAACAAAUGGGUAAAAUAUAUAAAUUUUUAGCAUUAUUACCAAAAGGUUCAAAGAAACCAAUAGGGUUUUAA